AGGUGACUUUUGGGGGUUGUGGAGCUGGAACCCUACAAAUAAUGCUAAUUUUUGUUGACAUUUUAACAGGAAUCUGCAUUACCGACGUGAGUAAUUGGGGAGGUUUGGUUGAAAAAAUCGUGAAAUUUCAGUUUAAAAUGCCGGCUUACCAUUCGGCUUUUUUGGAGCACCAACAAUCAGUCGGUAAUACUGCUAUUUUACCGUUCAAAACACAAUUUCGGGGGCCUGCACCCCCUUUUAGUGGCCAAUCAACCGAUCAGGAUAUCAUAGACGAGUCCCUUUAUUAUUUCAAAGCUAAUGUUUUUUUUCGCACUUAUGAAAUCAAGUCAGAGGCCGAUCGUUUGUUGAUUUAUAUCACCCUGUAUAUUACCGAGUGUCUGAAAAAACUACAAAGGUGUGCAAACCGUAACCAAGCCCAGAAUGAGAUGUACACUUUGGCAAUUUCCCGUUUUGAUAUCCCUGGUGAUCCGGGUUUUCCCCUAAAUUCGGUGUAUAGUAGAGCCAAGUCACCUUCAGACGCCGAGUUUCUAAGGGCUUAUUUGACCCAAUUGAGACAGGAAGUGGGGUUAAGGGUCGUGGAUAGAGUGUUUGGGGACGAUGGAAAGCCCAGCAAAUGGUGGCUGUGUUUUGCUAAAAAGAAGUUUAUGGAUAAGUCAUUGUCAGGGCCGGGCCAAUAAUUUGUCAUAUUAAUAAAUAAUUUUCAUAAUUCA